CAAAUCUUCAACGGCCAAGAUCUCACGGCCCGCAUCUUGAAGCUUCAUCUUCCUCGUCCGACUGCGCCAAGGCACUCCCUCCGAAUCGUGAUUUAUCGGUGGAGCAGAGGAAUAUUUGAUAGUUUGUGGAGGGAGGACUUGGAUGUUUGGUGUAGUAAUUGAACGGAAAGAUGGGUGUUUGUGCGUAGAGGCUUAGAUAGCAGAGAAAUGGCUGCUCAACCGUUGAUUUUCAAGCAAGUGUUCCCCGGAAAAUCAGAUUCAGAAAUCGCCAAUUCAAUCUUCAAAACCCUAACAAGGUCGAGGGGGUUGGAUAUCAGCCCUUCUCUUCUGAUCUCCGGCAUCAAUUCCCAUGUGGUCCACACCGUUCUCUCGCACCCCCACAUCCCCCACCUUGCCUGCUUCAACUUCUUCAGGUUUCUCUUAAACAACAACAGUUCAUCCACGUUCAACAAACCCGACCUUCAUGCCCACGUUACCCUCGCUCUGCGCUUGUUCAGAGCCAGAAUGUUUGCUGAAGGGAAGGAGAUCCUGGAAUCCGUAGCUGUUGACGACCGUCUUAGUUCGCGCCCUGUGUCUCAAGUAGCAGAUUUCGCCAGGGAGAAGACAGGAAACAAUCCCAAACUGGUUGCAAAGCUGAUGGACAUGUUGCUUAGGGUUUAUGUAGACCACAUGAAGCUUAAGGAAGCGAUGGAGGUCUUUGACUAUAUGAACAACAACGAGCUUUUGAUUGAUGAGAGAUCUUGUAUGGUGUUCUUGCUUGCAGCCAAAAGGUCCAAUCAGUUCCACUCAUUGUUUGCGUUUUUCCAGAAAAUGUUGGUUGCAAACGUGAAGAUCACAGUCUAUUCAAUGACAAUGGUGGUUGAUGGGUUGUGUAAAACGGGGAAAUUACAUGAAGCCAGAAAAUUGUUGAAUGAUAUGAUGAUCCGUAGAGGUGUCAAGCCUAACGAAUAUACUUAUAACACGUUACUGGUUGGGUGUAUGAAGAAUUCGUCUGAGCUUGGCCCCAUAAAUGAGAUUUUAAAAGAGAUGGAGAAGGAAGGAGUGGAGCUAAAUGCUACAAGCUACACCGUUCUAAUACAGGGUUAUUCAAAACUGAGAAAAUUUGAAGAGGUGGAGAAACUGUUUGACAAAAUGCAGCAGGGUAACAUAGAUCAGGACAUUCAUCUGUACACUUGCAUGAUCGACAGCUACAGCAGGGCUGGUAAUAUUAAAACUGCGUUUCUACUGUUUGAUAAAUUAGUUGAGAGAGGGGUUGUUCCAAACACCCACACGUAUGGAGCUCUGAUAAACGGCCUGUGCAAAAGCGGGAAAAUGGAAGCAGUGAAAAUCUUGCUUCAUGAGAUGCAAUCGAAAGGAGUAAGCUUGAACCAAGUUAUAUUCAACACAUUGAUGGAUGGGUAUUGUAAGAAAGGAAUGAUUAAUGAAGCAUGGAAGCUUCUUGAAAUCAUGGAAGGGAAAGGUCUCAGAGCUGAUGUGUAUGUAUACAAUAUCAUAGCCACGGGGUUGUGUAAGCUGAAGCGGCACGAGGAUGCAAAGAAUUGGUUGUUGUCGAUGGAGGGAAAAGGCGUGAAGCUGAAUGUGAUUACAUACACAACAUUGAUCGAUAUUUACUGUAAGGAAGGAAAACUUGUGGACGCGAAAAGGACGGUGCGCGAGAUGGAGGAAAAGGGGUUGAGACCUAACGUGGUGACAUACAAUGCACUUAUAGACGGAUAUUGCAAGAAAGGGUUGAUGAGGGAAGCGUACAAGGUGAGGGGGAAAAUGGUGAACGAAGGGAUCAGCCCAGAUGUGUAUGCAUAUACCUCACUUCUUAAUGGGGAAUGCAUGUGUGGAAAUGUGGAUGAAGCUUUGAGACUCUUCAGGGAGAUGGGCAGCAGCAGGGGUUUGGUCCCGACAGUGGUGUCCUAUACAGCAUUGAUUUCAGGAUUAUCUAAAGCGGGGCGAGCACAGGAAGCUUUCGGGUUGUACAAUGAGAUGCUAGAGGCAGGGCUUAUUCCUGAUGACAAUGUCUACUCUUCUCUUGUUGGUAGCCUUCAUUAAUAGUUAGAGAAACGGAUAACCCCCUCUUAAGGGUUGGGUCAUUAAAGACAAAACACUAGAUGGUGUUUAGCCUAUCCCGAGGGUUUAGUCAGAAGUCGAGAGAUGGACACUUUCGCCAGGAAGGAAGUUGCUUGCUGCUUAUGUGGCGCAUGUAGGGUUGUAGCGGAAACAGAUCGAGUCGGAUAGUGUGAUAUUUGUAUUCGUAUUUGUUUAAUUUUUCCGAAUAUGAAUCCGAAAAGCCUAUGCUCAAGGGUUGGGACAUUAAAGACAAAACAUUAGAUGGUGUCUAGCCUAUCCCGAGGGUGUAAUCAGAAGUCGAGAGAUGGAUACUUCGGUCCAAGAAGGAAGUUGCUUGGUGCUUAUGUGGCACAUGUAGGGUUGUAACGAACUGGAUCGAGUCGAAUAGUGUGAUAUUUGUAUUAGUAUUUGUUUAAUUUUUUCGAAUUCGAAUCCGAAUUCAAAUAUGAAACGAAUAUAAAUUUUGAGUUGUAUUUGUAUUCGUUUAAUAAUACGAAUAGUUAAUGAAUCAUAUACGAAUAUCAAAUUGAUUGAUCAUAAAUUAAAUAUGGAGUAUUAAUUAGUCG